AUGUCUGGGCACGGCGAUUUGCAGGAGCUGCUGCGGAUGUUCACUUCACGCAAGGUUCCCAUGAUCGCAGCCAUGGGCCACGUCAAGGCACUCCAAUCUAAGAAUCUACGAAGCAUUGAACAAAUUGCCGAGGCUCCAGCGUCUGCAGUAGAAUCCGCCAUCUCAGACGCCAAACUCGCCAAGUCAUUUCACACGGCGUGCAAAACGCACGGCAAGAAGGCAACCAAGCGUGCUGCUGAAGAGCCAACCUCGCCCAACGCCAAGAAACCUAGACUGGAGCCUCAUAAGCGGGAUUUGGACUAUAGUUCCAUGAGCGCAGAGGAACUUGAAAGUUCGCUGAGUUUGCCGCUCGUGGAGGAUGAGGAGGUCAUUCGACGGACGACAGUUGUGACGAAUAGAGCGCCCCUUGUGCUUGCGUUUGCGGUGGAAUUGCUGCGCUUUACUAUGCCGGAACAGCCGCCGAGUAGCAGGCUGAGCUUAAGUCAGGCGGUUGUUAGUGCGAAUUCGAGAUCAAAGGCCAUUAGUAUUGGGAUUGAGAAGGUACCGCCGGGGGGAGAGGAGCAGAUUCCAGAGGGGCAGCCAAAGGUCAAGGUUUUGGGGCGAGAGAUCCCAGUCUUGAAACGGGGUGGGUAUACGUGGAAGUCGGACGAACAAGGUGAAGGCACAGGUGUAGCAGAUGAGACGAGCAAACAAGAGUCAUCGUCUGGGCAGCAGCAGAAGACGUGGACGGCCAGCCAGAAGCUAACAUCCAAGGGAUCGACGUUUGUAGCUCACGCCGCGAGUUUAUCGUCACCUUCACUGCGGGCGAGUUUGAUGAAGGGUCUAAUGGCAGAUAAACCCGAGUUGGAAACUGCUACACACAAUGCGUGGGCCGUACGAUCCAGUUAUGGUAACUCUCCUCUGGUACAAGAAGCCUCAUUCGAUGAUGGAGAGUCCGGGUGUGGAAAAUUCCUGCUACAGGUUAUGCGAGAAGCAGACGUUACGAAUACAGUCGUUGUGCUGACGAGGUGGUACGGCGGCAUCAUGCUUGGCCCGGAUCGAUGGCGCCUGAUGAGAGAGAGUGUCAAUGAUGCUCUGUCGUCUCGUCGUCGAACAUCUUCGCUGGCAGGGGAAGCGCUGUGGGGGCUGGACUUUGAGAACAAGAAGCCGUCUCUGACGACCGUGGGGAUGCCUAUUCACCGCCCUGAAGGCGCGAGGAACUACCUUCUUCGGAGUUUUGCCACGGCCUCGGUUGACGGUGGUGGGAGUGAGGGCAAGAAGACGCUGGCGGCGGUGAAUGAGGAGAAGCAGGAGAAUCUGGGGCGGUUGCUCGGGGCGUUAAGGUUGUUGUAUAGGAGCUGGGCGGGUGUUUUGCGGAGGGAUGAACUUGAUCGUAGGGCUUGGAGCUGGUACGUUUCUGUUCGGCCGGAUGUGGAAUCUGGGCCGUCAGGUUGGGGCGCCAAGGGGCAUUUGAAUCUGGGUAAGAUUCUGGACUUGAGGAGGGAGGAGGGUUCUGGAGGCGAGAAGGCUGCUGGAACAUGA